AUGAAUUUCGGCGUCCUUGAAAUCGCGCCCUCAAAAUACGUUCCAGCCCCAGGCUACGCAUACGUACCCGAUGUAUCCAAUGCGCCGCAAAUAGGAUUACAGCCUUCGGCGCGCCGCGCGCGCGGCCCAGCUGGUGCGGGAUUGGGUGCGGAAACGACGAAGAAACAGGAUGCGAAAAUUCUGAGAGAGUUGGCGCAGUUGGAUAGGGAGAAUCAUAGGGAUGUUAAUAUACCGGUUACCGGGGGCGGGAGGGGGAAGGAAGGGGGAGAGCCACAAAAAAAAAGAUCCCAACGCGCCCGCCAUUUCCACACCCCUACGAACCAUGAGCACGAGCACACCGAUGAUCAACUCCGAAGCGGAAACAGCAGCUGCAGUGAGUUCCACACCUGCGAUAUCCACGCAAGCAGAAUCCACAUUCGCGCCGUUUUUGUGCGCGUUGCCGCCCCCGAAACCGCACCCCAGAGAUCACGAUCCGUUGCUUGUUUCGCGCGUGCCGAAUCUGCCGAGUGUGCAGGAGAUGCAGAGGUUGUUGGAGGUGCCGCCGUUGAGUUAUGUGGAGGCGAGAGGGGGCUGGACGGAGGAGGAUCGCAGGAAACCGGGGAGAGUGUUCUGUGA